AAUGCCAGAAAAGAUGUCCUGACUUCCCAAAUAGUGGGUUAAAAGACGGGGUCGAAUACCACGAAAAGGGAUGAGAAGGUGGGAUCAUUGCUUUCAGAGCGCAAGAAGUACCGUUACAGGACACACUUUUUGACCAAUCAACGCCUCCAGACUUUGGUUCAGGUGGCCAUAGAGUGCGAGGGGCGGAGCUACAGCCUGGCGCGAGGAACCGUUAAGAUGGACAAUGAAUGUAACCAAUGAGGUACUUCGAUCAAGGCGUUGGGAACCCAAUAACAGUGGUCGGGCGGGCGCCGUCCCGGAGCGCGGGGAGAUGUAAAGACAGACAAGUAGUUUUCCCAAUGAGACUGGAGGAGACAGGAGCUACUUGACCAAUGGAGACUGCGGGGCGGGAUCCUUUGCAGCGGCGGAGUCCAAGAUGGCGGCAUGCGGUUCCGCUGUGUGAAACCAGCGCGGGGCGGCGGGUUAAUCAGCUCCGCGGAGACGACCUCCGACGACCCGCAACAAUGAAGGGAAAAGAGCGCUCUCCAGUCAAGUCCAAACGCUCCCGUGGUGGUGAGGAUUCGACUUCUCGCGGGGAGCGUAGCAAGAAGUUAGGGGGCUCUGGUGGCAGCAAUGGGAGCAACAGCGGAAAGACCGACAGCGGCGGCGGGUCGCGGCGCAGCCUUCAUCUAGAGAAGUCCAGCAGCCGAGGUGGCAGCCGCGAGUAUGAUACUGGUGGGGGCAGCUCCAGUAGCCGCUUACAUAGUUACAGUUCCCCGAGCACUAAAAAUUCCUCGGGCGGGGGCGAGUCGCGCAGCAGCUCCCGCGGUGGAGGCGGGGAGUCACGUUCCUCUGGGGCCGCCUCCUCAGCUCCUGACGGCGGGGAGUACAAGACACUGAAGAUAAGCGAGUUGGGGUCCCAGCUGAGUGACGAAGCGGUGGAGGACGGACUGUUUCACGAGUUUAAACGCUUCGGUGAUGUAAGUGUCAAAAUCAGCCACCUCUCGGGUUCUGGCGGCGGGGAUGAGCGCGUAGCCUUUGUGAACUUCCGGCGGCCAGAGGACGCGCGGGCGGCCAAGCAUGCCAGAGGCCGCCUUGUGCUCUAUGACCGGCCCCUGAAGAUAGAAGCUGUGUAUGUGAGCCGGCGCCGCAGCCGCUCCCCCUUAGACAAAGAUACUUAUCCUCCAUCAUCCAGCGUGGUCGGGGCCUCUGUAGGGGGUCAUCGGCACCCUCCUGGAGGAGGUGGUGGAGGCCAGAGAUCGCUUUCCCCUGGUGGGGCAGCUUUGGGAUACAGAGACUACAGAUUGCAGCAGUUGGCUCUUGGCCGCCUGCCCCCUCCACCUCUGCCACCAUUGCCCCGAGACCUGGAGAGGGAGCGAGACUACCCGUUCUAUGAGAGAGUACGUCCGGCAUACAGUCUUGAGCAAAGGGUGGGAGCUGGGGCAGGUGCAGCUCCUUUCCGAGAAGUGGAUGAGAUCUCACCGGAGGAUGAUCAGCGAGCUAACAGGACGCUUUUCUUGGGCAACCUAGACAUCACUGUGACAGAGAGUGAUCUAAGAAGGGCUUUUGAUCGCUUUGGAGUUAUUACAGAAGUAGACAUUAAGAGGCCUUCUAGAGGCCAGACCAGUACCUAUGGCUUUCUCAAGUUUGAGAACCUAGACAUGUCUCACCGUGCCAAACUAGCAAUGUCUGGCAAGAUUAUAAUUCGGAAUCCUAUCAAAAUUGGUUAUGGUAAAGCUACACCCACCACACGCCUCUGGGUAGGUGGCCUGGGACCUUGGGUGCCUCUUGCUGCCCUGGCACGAGAAUUUGACCGAUUUGGCACCAUACGCACCAUAGACUACCGAAAAGGUGAUAGUUGGGCAUAUAUCCAGUAUGAAAGCCUAGAUGCAGCUCAUGCUGCCUGGACCCAUAUGCGGGGCUUUCCACUUGGUGGCCCAGAUCGUCGCCUUAGAGUGGACUUUGCAGACACAGAACAUCGGUACCAGCAGCAGUAUCUGCAGCCUCUGCCCUUAACUCAUUAUGAGCUGGUGACAGAUGCUUUUGGACAUCGAGCACAAGACCCUUUGAGGGGUGCUCGAGAUAGGACACCCCCCUUACUAUACAGAGAUCGUGAUAGGGACCUUUAUACUGAUUCUGAUUGGGUGCCACCUCCACCCCCAGUCCGGGAACGCAGCACUCGGACUGCCCCUACUGCUGUGCCUGCUUAUGAGCCACUGGAUAGCCUGGAUCGCAGGCGAGAUGGCUGGUCCUUGGACAGGGACAGAGGUGAUCGAGAUCUGCCCAGCAGCAGAGACCAGCCUAGGAAGCGAAGGCUGCCUGAAGAAAGUGGGGGACGGCAUCUAGAUAGGUCCCCUGAGAGUGAUCGUCCUCGAAAACGUCACUGCGCUCUUUCUCCUGACCGAAGUCCAGACUUGAGCAGUAGCCGGGAUCGCUACAACAGUGACAAUGAUCGAUCUUCCCGUCUUCUGCUCUUGGAAAGGCACUCUCCAAUCAAAGACAGACGAGGUAGUUUGGAGAAAAGCCAGGGUGACAAGCGAGACCGCAAAAACUCUGCAUCAGUUGAACGUGAUAGGAAGCACCGGACAGCUGCUCCCGCUGAGGGAAAAAGCCCUCUGAAAAAAGAAGACCGGUCUGAUGGGAGUGCAGCCAGCACCAGCACUGCUUCCUCGAAGCUAAAGUCCCCUUCCCAGAAACAGGAUGGUGGGACAGCCCCUGCUGCAGCAGCCUCUCCCAAGCUCUGUUUGGCCUGGCAGGGUAUGCUUCUGUUGAAGAACAGCAACUUUCCUUCCAACAUGCAUCUGUUGCAGGGUGACCUCCAAGUGGCCAGUAGUCUUCUUGUGGAGGGCUCAAGUGGAGGCAAAGUUGCCCAGCUCAAGAUCACUCAGCGUCUUCGUUUGGACCAGCCCAAGUUGGAUGAAGUAACUCGACGCAUCAAAGUGGCAGGGCCCAAUGGUUAUGCCAUUCUUCUGGCUGUGCCUGGAAGUUCUGACAGCAGAUCCUCUUCCUCAGCCACAUCAGACACUGCCACUUCUACUCAGAGGCCACUUAGGAACCUGGUGUCCUAUUUAAAGCAAAAGCAGGCCGCUGGGGUGAUCAGCCUUCCUGUGGGGGGCAACAAAGACAAGGAAAACACCGGGGUCCUUCACGCCUUCCCACCCUGUGAGUUCUCCCAGCAGUUCCUGGAUUCUCCUGCCAAGGCUCUGGCCAAAUCUGAAGAAGAUUACCUGGUCAUGAUCAUUGUCCGUGCUGAGGCGUUACUUGCUGCUGCUCAGAUCUUGUAUGUCUUGAGCAAGAAGCAGGGAGACCAUCAUUUUGACUUGUCGCGGUGUGUCAAUUCUGAAGGAUCACUAGUGUUACUGUGACCCCCUUUGUUUGCAGUGAAGGGGAUCAUUUGCUUCUCGGUCCUCAACUUGAUGAGGAAAUGGUGCUGUUGGCUGGCACGCAAGAAGCCGGGGCAAGCACCGUAAGCCUCACCACAGUGCACGAGUCGGGGGCUUUGCUGGUUUGAAGAGCCGGAGUUGCUGAAAUUUAAGUUUUGAUUUAUUUUGUUCACCCAUCACGUUUGGCCUUAGUUUCAUUUUUAAUUUGAAGAAAAGUUUGCAAUUGCUUUAUCUUGCACUUAACAUUUGCACCAAAUUGCCAAAAGAAGGAGAAUGCUCCGUUUGCUUUUUAAAUGUUAAUGAUGAUGUUAAUAAAGCCUUUCCUGACACAUUUGAGGAGCUCCUCCAUCUCCAGGGGCUUCUCACCAGAGGUAUGCAGUGAUGGGUUUAGUUCUGAAUGGAUGAAGAGUUCCUGAGAGCUAGCGUUUGUAAUUAGAACCGUUACUUGGUAUCUGUGCCUUAUUUGACCUGUGGUUCCACAUGCCUUGGAUGUGCAUGCAUCGUGACGGUUUCGUAGGUACGAACGCACACUCAGGCCCAGUCACCUCGGUUGGUAGUACAGAUUGUGAGGAAAAAAAUGGAGGCAUCCUUAAGGAGGAAAAAAAGUGUUUGCCUUUAGUUCCUGCAUUAUCCUGCACAGGGGUUCCUGAGCUUUGGAAGCUGUUCCCAGUACAGGAGAACAACUCCCCUGUUUGCAGCAGGAGACUUCGGUGCACAGUGACAACGCUGGAGUUCAAGAGGAAGCCAGCCAUGCUGCACCAUUGGCUUCAGACACCAUUGUUGUUUGCCAGUUGUAAACUUAACUAGUUGCAGACGAAGACCACCUUGAAAUGCAGGCUUGUUGGGCUUGUUUUGAAUUUUAACUUCGGAUGGAAGAGCCCUAGUGCUGUCUGUCUCCAUGCGGGAUGAUGAUUACUUAGGCAACAGGUGAUUACCAACAAAGGAUGCCACGCUUAUACUCUGCAAGGUGGUGUUCCAGUGGCAAACAGCUGUAUAAACUCUUGUAAACAGGAACUACUGACAAUCAAAAACCUAUAGCCAACUUUGGGAUAUGGCCUUAUUAUUCAGCAACUAAAAGAUGAGUUCCAAUGGGCAGAAUUCUGGCACUGGCACUUGUCCUCCUGUUUCUAUAGAAACGGUUGGAAGUCAGAGCUGCACAGAGGGAAAGGGAAGGAGAAAAAUACUGUUUAGGAAUUACACCUUUUGCAAUUUGGUAAUAACAGAGCUAACAGAGAUUCUGGCCUUUAGGCCAAGCAUCCUACCACCUUUGGUACAGAUAGAAAGUGAAGGGCCUCCGUCCCUCUCUGAGAAUCGGAGAUGCUGAGAAGCCCUGGACACGGCUAAGAGCAGAGGAGGUCAGGCUUGCAGUUUCAAGCUAAAUAAAAGUGACUCCUGCUUAGGAACUCUUCAAUAUUGUGUCUUAGAAGGAGCCAAGGAAGUUUCUGGAACUAAACAGAAGAAGUGAACAGAAGCCUAACCUGGGAAACUGAUAAGGAAAAUGGAAUCCUUCGGUCCCAUAAGUUUUCAUUUCUUGCCUGUUCAUGUGGACAGUCCUCCCAUCAUUCCAACCCCCAAGUAUUCCAGACACAUCUAAUGACAUACCAGAAAGUUUAUACCACCAAGCUGGGAAUCCCUGCUUACAGAGGACUUCAGGCUCAGGAAACCUUCCUCAAAGAGGUUUUGCAGAAAAACUGAGUGAUGACAUGAA